UUCACCACCUUGCUACCUUUCAGAGAUAUUUUGAAAUACAUAUUAAGAGGACAAGAGAUGUCUUCAGCCAAGUUAAGUUUCACAGUCAGAAGAAUUCUGGAUCUACCAGAGUGUGAAGGCACCAGUCUACAGACAGAUUCACCUUUAAGUUACAACAGAAGAGCUGUCUUCCAAGACUGGCUGGAGAAUGAGAGGACUCACUAUUUGUGUUCAGACGACAGUGGUUCAGAGGCUCCAUUGCCAGAUAAAAUGCCAAGUGUGGGGGUGUCCUCUCACACACCUGAAUCCAAGGAGGCGAAGAAGAAGAAACGUAGAGUUCUAUUCUCAAAGGCUCAAACCUUGGAAUUGGAGAGAAGGUUUCGCCAACAACGUUAUUUAUCAGCCCCAGAGAGGGACCAGCUUGCCCAUAUCCUCCAUCUCACCCCAACACAGGUCAAGAUCUGGUUUCAGAAUCACCGUUACAAGAUGAAAAGGGCAAAACACGAGGGGGGCAACAGUCCAUCACUCCUGAAACAUGUCAUGGUCCCAGUGCUGGUCAGGGAUGGGAAACCUUGCCAUGCAUGUGCUCCUGUUAGCCCUAGAGACAAACUCCAGGUCUUCUCCACACUGCAGCCCCCAGGGGCUUUAAGCUUUGUUCCAGGGUAUCACCAGCACAUCACUUAUCCAUCAAACCUUUCCUGGGGAUGGUGAAUAUUUUUUUUUUAAUUCAUUUCUCUUGUACAUACGGUAGUUUUAUGGAAAGAUUGAUUGCCUUG